ACCCCUGUUGUGCCAUCACAUGCAUUUAACACACGUUUGCUGAAAACCUAUUUGGUGCCAGGCACUGUGCUGGGUGCUGAGAACACAAAUACAAAAGAUCAUUCUUCCGUACAAGCAGUUCCCAGAGUACUAGGGAAGACAGAUGUGCAGGAAUUUUCAGCGUAAUGUGGUCAGUAGUGUACUGGAGGUAAGAAAUGGUUGCUUGGAAGUGUGAAGGAAGAGAUGUCCCACUCCUGAGGAAAUCAGGCAAGUACUGCCAGGAAGAUAAUAUGGAGCUAAGAACUGAAUUGAACGGGAGUUCAGCUGGACGAUGUGAAAAGGGUCAUUUUAGGCAAAGCUAAUAUUCUGGCAUUUACCCUCCAGUUCCAGGACAGGAGAGCCCUCUGAGGUGGGCAGGAAAGAAAUUCGAGGAGAUCCCGAUCGCACACAUUAAAGCAUCCUACAACAACACGCAGAUCCAGGUGGUCUCUGCCGCCCACCAGCCCCUCGCCCGCGCGUCCUGUGGCACUGAGGGAUUCCGGAAUGCCAAGAAGGGCACCGGCAUCGCCGCACAAACAGCAGGCAUAGCUGCGGCCGCGAAAGCUGCCGGGAAGGGCGUGACCCACAUCCGAGUGGUCGUGAAAGGCCUGGGGCCAGGGCGCUUGUCUGCCAUCAAGGGACUGACCAUGGGGGGCCUGGAAGUGAUCUCAAUCACAGACAACACCCCCAUCCCGCACAACGGCUGCCGCCCCAGGAAGGCUCGGAGGCUGUGACGGAAAGGAAGCCUGCCCCUGAACGUGACCUCAAGUCCCGCCUCCAGCUGGACCUCGUAGAAAGCACACUGUCAGAGCUCUCUCCAGAGGAGGGCUUGCCGGAGACCCUCAGGGAGUAAGACAGAGCUUUGCCCCCUUAUGUGGUCUUCUCACUUGUUCCUUCGACUGGAGACCGGUACCCAGAAGUGACUCCAGAGGAGCCCCAGGGUGGCUGAUGCCCAGACUCCAACCAGGAAAUGCCGCCUCUGCUCUGCAAAAAUAAAAAUGUCUCUACACUUGCA